AUGGGGAACACGUGCGUCGGCCCCAGCAUCACCAAGAACGGCUUCUUCCAGUCCGUCUCCACGGUGCUGUGGAAGACGCCGCAGGACGGCGACGCGCUGCCCGCCGCCGCCAAUGGCCCCGGCGGCGCCAGCCCUGGCCGGUCGCAGUCGACGCCGCUUCCGGCGCUGCCGAAGCCAGCGUCCGACGUGCACGUCGCCGUGCAGAGCAAGGCCCCUGAGCCCGUCAAGAUCGCCGCCUCCCACUCGGAGCCGGCGUCCAAGGCUGCCGCCGCCGCCACGCAGGACGCCAAGCCUGCCAACGCCAACGCCAACGCCAGCCCCAGCCCCAACUCGUCGGCCGAGGCGCCGCCCAGGCCGCGUCCCAAGGUGCCGCAGGUGAAGCGCGUGUCCAGCGCCGGGCUGCUCGUCGGCUCGGUGCUCAAGCGCAAGACGGAGAACCUCAAGGACAAGUACAGCCUGGGGCGGCGGCUCGGGCAGGGCCAGUUCGGCACCACGUACCUGUGCGUGGAGCGGGCCACCGGCAAGGAGUUCGCGUGCAAGUCCAUCAUCAAGCGCAAGCUCGUCACCGACGACGACGUCGAGGACGUCCGCCGGGAGAUCCAGAUAAUGUACCACCUGGCGGGCCACCCCAACGUCAUCUCCAUCCGCGGCGCCUACGAGGACGCCGUCGCCGUGCACCUCGUCAUGGAGCUCUGCGCCGGCGGCGAGCUCUUCGACAGGAUCGUGCAGAAGGGCCACUACACCGAGAGGAAGGCCGCCGAGCUCGCCAGGGUCAUCGUCGGCGUCGUCGAGGUGUGCCACUCCAUGGGCGUCAUGCAUCGGGAUCUCAAGCCGGAGAACUUCCUCUUCGCUGACCAGAAGGAGGAGGCCGCUCUCAAGACCAUUGACUUUGGUCUCUCCAUUUUCUUUCGCCCUGGUCAAAUAUUCACCGACGUCGUUGGUAGCCCUUACUACGUCGCACCAGAGGUCCUAAAGAAGAAAUAUGGUUCAGAGGCAGACGUUUGGAGUGCUGGCGUGAUCAUUUACAUCUUGCUGUGUGGAGUGCCACCAUUUUGGGCAGAGAACGAGCAGGGCAUAUUUGAGGAGGUUUUGCACGGGAGGCUUGACUUUGAGUCGGAGCCGUGGCCCAGCAUCUCCGAAGGCGCCAAAGAUCUUGUGAGGAGAAUGCUUAUUAGGGACCCAAAGAAGAGAUUAACCGCUCAUGAAGUUCUACGGCAUCCGUGGGUUCAGGUUGGUGGUUUGGCUCCUGAUAAGCCGCUGGAUUCCGCUGUUCUUUCUCGUAUGAAGCAGUUCUCGGCAAUGAAUAAGCUGAAAAAGAUGGCUCUUAGGGUGAUCGCCGAGAACCUAUCCGAGGACGAGAUCGCCGGGCUGAAAGAGAUGUUCAAGAUGAUCGACGCGGACAACAGUGGGCAGAUCACGUUCGAGGAGCUGAAGGUGGGCCUGAAGAAGGUUGGCGCCAACCUCCAGGAAUCGGAGAUCUACGCGCUGAUGCUAGCCGCGGACGUGGACAACAACGGCACGAUCGACUACGGCGAGUUCAUCGCGGCGACGCUGCACCUGAACAAGGUGGAGCGGGAGGACCACCUGUUCGCGGCGUUCCAGUACUUCGACAAGGACGGCAGCGGGUACAUCACCGCCGACGAGCUGCAGGUGGCGUGCGAGGAGUUCGGCCUGGGCGACGUCAAGCUGGAGGACAUGAUCGGAGAAGUCGACCAGGACAACGACGGGCGCAUCGACUACAACGAGUUCGUUGCGAUGAUGCAGAAGCCGACGGUGGGUCUCCCCAAGAAGGCCGGCCUGCAGAACAGCUUCAGCAUCGGCUACAGGGAGGCACUCAGGAUGGCCUGA